GUAUCAGAAGUACUGCUCACCUUCUGAGAGAUUCCCAGGAUGUAAAGAAAUCCAGUGCUGUGAGUCAUGCAGCUGACAGGUCUGCUGGCAGAGCUGAUGGUCACAGCCAGGGCAGAAAUUCUUUAAACAAAACAGUUAAAUAGUCAGGGAAUUUUGGAGCUGUUUGCAAGAUCUACUGAGUUGGUUGCUCACCCUGUCAAAAGAAGCCACCAUUUGGGACGACACACUGCCAGCAGCUGCCAUGGCCAGCAAAAGGAAGUCCACAACUCCCUGUAUGGUGCGAACCUCUGAAGUGAUGGAGCAGGAAGGUGCCGAGGGCGUGGAGACCCCUAAAGACAAAGGGACUGGUGCAUCGCAGCAGGACUCCAAAAAAAAUUGGCCUUCAGAAAACUCAGUCAAAGACUGCGAAGUGGUUGAGGCAAAGCCCCCAGCUGAAAAUCAGUCUAAGAAACCCCAGGGUGGUUAUGAGUGUAAGUACUGCCCUUACUCAACACAAAACCUAAAUGAAUUUACAGAGCACGUGGACACUCAACAUCCCAAUGUCAUUCUCAACCCCCUGUAUGUCUGUGCUGAAUGCAACUUCACAACCAAAAAAUACGAUUCUUUAUCUGACCACAACACAAAAUACCACCCAGGAGAGACUAACUUUAAACUGAAAUUAAUUAAACGCAAUAAUCAGACUGUUUUAGAGCAGUCCAUUGAGACCACCACUAACGAUGGCACUGUCACAAGCAGUGGGCUAGAAAAUGCAGAGUGUGAUGAUUCGCUUCAUGGGGGAAUCAGUGCGAACAAAGUGCCCGUGAUGAAACCAGGGAAGCCUAAAGGGGAAACCAAGAAGGGAUCUAAAAAGCCAGAAGAGGGAGUUACGGAAAACCACGUGGAUGGCGCUCUCCCCCGCAUCAUAACUGAAGCCACUGAAGCUAUUGCCUGUAUAAAUGGAGACCUUCUCCAUGAUGUGUUAGCCCAUGUUAUGCCCUCUGUACAGCUGCCACCAAAUAUCAACCUUGUCCCCAAGGUCCCAGUCCCUCUGAACAGCACCAAAUACAACUCUGCACUGGAUACUAAUGCAACCAUGAUCAACUCCUUUAAUAAGUUUCCUUACCCAACACAAGCAGAGUUGUCAUGGCUGACAGCAGCAUCAAAACAUCCAGAAGAACAAAUCCGAAUCUGGUUUGCUACGCAACGUUUGAAGCAUGGUAUAAGUUGGUCUCCUGAAGAAGUGGAGGAAGCAAGGAAGAAGAUGUUCAAUGGUACUAUCCAGGCAGUUCCCCAGACCAUCACUGUCCUGCCAGCCCCUUUGGCAACUGCAAAAAUGCCACAGCCAAUCAUCCAGACAGCUUUGCCUUGUCAGAUACUGGGCCAGACUGGCCUGGUUUUGACUCCUGUGUCAAAUGGUUCAACUGUUUCCUGUUCACCAAUUACACUUGCUGUUGCCCCAAACCAGGGGCAAAAGAGGACGAUACAGACCUUAUCAAGUGCCCCAGAGGCCAAGCGUCCUCACAUAGUUCAGGUGCCUGAGAUUCCUGCCAAGCUGACUGCUGUUCCUGUGACACCGGCCAGCGAGCGGAAAAAGACCAAGGAGCAGAUAGCAGAGCUGAAGGCCAGUUUCAUGGCAAGCCAGUUUCCUGAUGAUGCGGAAGUCUACCGGCUUAUAGAGGCAACAGGUCUUUCCAGGAGUGAGAUCAAGAAGUGGUUCAGUGACCACAGGUACAGAAGUCAGAGGGGCAUUGUGCAAAUUCCUGGUGAUGCUUUAGGGAAAGAUCAAAUGGCACCUUCAGCUGGGCGACACGGCCGGUCGCUUCACCCGUACACAGAUUUUACUCCCCAGAGAUUCAAAGAGAAAACUCAAGAGCAGCUUAGGGCCCUUGAGGAGAGUUUCUUAAAAUGUUCUUUUCCUACCCAGGGAGAAUUGGACAGGCUUCGAGUGGAGACUAAGCUGAGUAGGAGGGAGAUCGAUUCAUGGUUCUCUGAGCGGAGAAAGAUAAGGGACAGCAUGGAGCAAGCUGUCUUGGACUCAAUGGGAUCAUACAGAAAAAUUAAGGAUCAAGGAACUCCCAAUGGUGCAAUAAGCCAGGCAGAACUUCUGAGUAGCUCUCAGCUCCCUGGUGCUUUAUCUGGGUCCUCCACCACAUUGAAGAAAACACAAGAGCAAAUUCACCUAUUGAAAAGCACAUUUGCAAGGACCCAGUGGCCAUCACCCCAGGAGUAUGACCAGUUAGCAUCUCAGACUGGGCUCACAAGAACUGAAAUAGUUCGCUGGUUCAAGGAAAACAGGUCUUCGCUAAGAACAGGGUCACUUAAAUGGAUUGACCAGUACCAGCAGCAGUAUGCUGGUGAUGGUCGUAACAAGCAAAGCCAGAAAAAGAGCUCAAAACACAGUGAGAGUCCAAAGAAUGGUAAUGAGGUAUCUCGACAGCAUUACCAGGAGCAUAAAAAACUGAAUGAAGAGAAUGGGGGGAAGCCAGUGGUGAGAGCAAAAAGAGACUGCGAACCACUGAAAGACUCUUUGUUGGGGAAUCAAGCAGAGGGUGUGGACAGGCUGGAGUGCAACAGCCACGAUGGCCACGGCAGUGAGGAGAACGAGGAGCCAGCGGAGGUCAGCUGGGUGGAGGUGACGGUGGGCGAGGAUGACGCUGCCUCGGACUGUACGGACAGCUGGAGCCAAACAGCCCCCGAGGGCCACACAGAGCUGGCAGACUUGGACUCAGAAAGUAUAUCUGGAGAGAAUUCCCACGUAUAGACAGGGGUACUCCUCAGCUGCACUGUCCUGAUGUUGAAGGGGAAACGCUGUCUGAAAAUAGAAGAAAACUCUAUUUUCCUGCCUGGGUGAGAGAGUGUGUUGUGACUCCAAGUCUCAAACCAUGCUUGUGGAGGCACAGCAAGAAAUACUCUCCUGGAGCGUCGUCAUGGAAUUCUUGAUAGUGCCAAAGUCCUGCUACUGCAUUGCAAAAGAGAAGAAAGAAAGAGGAAAAGGUUCUUGUACAUAGUUAUCUCUUAGUUUCUCUCCCACCCACUUUCCUGCCCAGCCUCUUCCUCUACUGCAACAGAUUUGUACAACAUAAGAAUUUUGUUAAUUUUUUUAAUAGGUGCAAGUUAUUCUUGCAUAUAAUGCAAUUGAGAAAUUUUGGGGUUGGUUGGGGAGAGGGAAGUGUCUUUUGUGGAGGAGGGAGGUUUUGUUUUUUUUUCUGAAGUGUUCUAAGAAAGAGUUGCAAUCUUCUGGAGUUGUCUUGGUGCAGAUCAACACCUGAGCCCAGAUCCCCACUCCAGUUUACAUUUCAGACCAGUUAAACAUGUUCUGGAGCAGUGGGGUUUGAUUUUUUUUAUGUUGUUUUGACUUUCUUGUUUUGUUCUAUGGCCACCUGUUACUGAUUGAAGUAUUUAAAUCUCUGCUUUUCCAUGCUCCUACAAGGCAAGUCUUCUCCAACUCCUGUACUUCACUUUUCACCAUCCAGCCCCAGCUAUGGGUCUCUGAAGAUUUGGCUGGAAUGCCUUUUAUUGGUUAUUGGUUUGGUUUUGGGGUCUUUUUUUUCAGCACUUUUUGUUUAAACAUGCAGUACAACUCCCAGAGGGGUUGGAAUGAGGAAAUUAGGAUGCUUCAUAAUCCAAACUUACUUGUGUUUCUUUGUCUGGUACAGCAAUGGACACCAUAACCAGCAGUCUGCCCUCCAGCUUCAGACCUUGUAGCGCACAACAGAAGUUUCUUAUUAAUCCUUGCCACUAAAUUUGUAGAUCACUCCUAGGUUCCUGAGUGCACUUUUUUUCAAAUACUGCUAAUUUGGAUUUGCGUGGGGAUGUCUGUCUGUGCAUGUGUGAGGAGGGAAUGGAGGGAGAGCAGGAGCCUGGGUGCAAGAUCUGUCUGGUGCGUUCCUCUGAGGAGCUGGGCUGGAAAACUUGUCCACCUUUCAGUACGCUGCACAAAUAGGAUGCUAGGGAGUUUGAAUAAACCCAACUUUUCUAACUUGUUGCUCAUUUGUUGUAACUCAAUAAAACAAAGGCUAAAAAUUUUGCUAACUUUUUUCUCAACUCUUUUAUUUUCUUUUUUUCCCCCCCUCUUUAAAAUAAAUAAAUAAAACCCAAAAAAAUCAAACCCCACCCAACCUCAGCCCAAACUUUAUGCACAGGAGCUUGAUGUCAUUAGAGCUGCAGUGAGCGUUUUACUGGUUUUGCAGUAUUUGACUUGGCAGAUACUAACUCUAUUAAAGUGAACUCCAUGAAUACUAAAGUUUAUCGCCCUAUGUCAGUCAGCACUUUCCUGCAGGAGGGACACAGAUAGUGCCUGGGAAUAAGCCUUUGGGGAACACCUUUUAUUUUGAUUGCAGAUACACAAACUCAAUGAAUGAACGAAAUCACCCCUGUGAUUCACCCAUAUAUAGUUAUUUUUAUUAAUCAUCAGCACAACAUAUAAGUGUAGAGGGAGAAUUGCAGUGGGUGGCAACAAGUUAAUUCCCUUGCAAUAAAGUUGUCUGGCUCAUUGCUGAAGAGGAGUGACUGGAUGGGGCAGCACUUUGAUUGCUCCAUUUGUGUGUCACAAGUCAGCAGCAAAAGGUGGGGAGGUGACAUCAGCUGCUCCCUGGGCAAAAGCUGCCAGACAGGGAGCAUGCACCUGUCCCAUCACACAGAGCUCAGAUGUUCAUCUGCAGGGUGGAGGCAGAUGCCUGUGCAGUCAUGGAUGUACAGAGCAAGUGACCAAAAAGAAAAAGCAUCUUAAGAUGCUUGUCCAGAACUCCAAAACUGUAACUGAAACUAAUUGCCACUUUCGUUUCCAUUGCUUGUAUGAAAGGAUGGUAAUAUUUUAAUUGCGCUUAGGAAGUUUCUAACAGCCACUUGAUGGCUUAAUAAUCCAGUUUGCAUCUCUCCAGUCUGAUGUGUGUUUUACAUCUGUGUGUUUGGAGCACUGACCUACUUUGCUUAACUAGCAGUGCUCCUAGGGAGCUUCGGCGGAACAAGACCCACCUGGGUUUUUCUGUAUUUGUAUACCCCAGAUACAGUGGAUUAGGCCACAAGACUGGGGCUUUUUGAGAUCUCUGCAAUACAAAUAAAACAAUAGCAGUGGCCGUGCAGUCUGUCAUUACACAGAUAAUAAGUCUGAAGCUGUCCCCCAGCACACAGGCUGGCCUGAGCCUGGCACAGCCUUUGCCAGUGUGGGCAGCCUGGCAGCACUGAGGGGGUUUGUGCGGGCAGGUCGUGCUGUGGUACCAAACCUUCAGAGCCCAGGAGAGCCGAGCCCAGGACCCUUUUUGUCUGAGCUUCAAGCAACCCAGCUCCCCACGGAGGCUGCUUCAGUGUGGCUGCCAGAAUGGGUUCAGGAGCUGGGCACUGGAAGCAGGCUUUGUUUUUAAUUAAUACAGACACAGUGACUGCGUUUCUAGGAGAGUCCAAGCGGCGAGGGACAAUCGGGACAUUGUUUGUGCACGGCAGCCAGUAGGGACGGCCGUGGCCUUGGGGUUUCAUUGCACACGAUGAAAACAGGCUGCUGACACCGAGUUUCCUCCCACACAGCCCUGCUUCCCCGGAGCCUGCUGCUGGCACCAUGGAGAGCAGGGCCUGUCCUGGCAAAGUCCUGCAGCGAGGAGACAGCUCAGGACAGCCUUUCCUGGGCAGGGUCCCCCAGCACCAGCAGGCCCCGGUGCUCAGGUGUUGAUUGAUGUCUUCCACAAUGCAUUUUCAACACCAAAGUGUUGAAAUUUUCUAAUCAGAAGAGAUAUAGUUAAACAGAAAAUAAAAAUAAAUCAUAUUUCUAAACUUGUACAAGACUAAAAUGUGGCUUGUAGAAAAAUCUGUCACUGGGAAGUCGGAAAUGACUUGAAUUAGGUUGCCUUGACUUUUUUAAUUUUGUCUAAUUUUUGCUGACAAGAGGAUGAAUUUUCAUUAUAUACACACAUUAUUUCUACCUGGUCCAUAAGAUGCUGAGAAGCUUUUUACUGGUGUUAGAGAUCUGGGGGCACAAUUUAGACAUAUCAAAAGCCUUAUUAAAUGUGAAUAGUGAGAGACUGCUCAGACAACAGAGAAGAGCACCACAGAAUAGUCUGGAUCACAAGGAACCUUUAAAGAUCAUCUCAUUCAUCACCACUGCACUGGGCAGGGAUAAUCUUUCACUAGAUCAGGUGGCUCAAAGCCACAUUUAACCAAGCCUUGGGAACGUUUGGGGGAGUAACUUAAGCAAUUGUAAACUCCCUGCAGUCCAAAUUAUUCAGUUCAGUUUUCUCAAUUUUUUUUUUUUUUUUUUUUUUUUUAAGGAAGGAAAAGAACAAAAAGAUCAUCACUUUUCAAUCACAGAUCUGCAGUAGCACCAUUCUAACCAACUUUCCAAUUCUGACCUUUGGGAAUUUAAUUUAAUUCCCAAAGUCUGAAAGUCAGCCAGUGAGUGGCCAAGAAACCUGCACCUGCAGGGUGAAACUCAGCAGUUGCAGCGAUCACUCUAGGAAGAAGUCUUCCAGCACCAUGUGGACCAGUACAAACUGGAAGGAAAGUGUGGGGUUAUACAAGAAAUCUGAGUGAUUAUGAGCAUAAUGAUAAUUAUGUGAUGAUAACUUAAACAGAGACAUACACAUGCAGGUAAAAUAGCAACCAAGAUAAGUAAUAUUUAUGCAUUAUAUUUUCCAUCAGCAGAAAUUUAACCACUUAAACAUUCUUCAUCUUGUAGCCCUCAGAUAUUAGGUAGCAAAAAGAUGCAUCCUGAAAUUUACCAGUUUACAGAAGGAGGAAAAGAAUAAAUUUCAGAAGCACAUAGGGCAGCAUUGUAGGAAGUCCAUUUGGGAUCUUGUUAACAAGGAAAGAGCACACCAGUGAUGGAAAUGGAACUUUUUUACUGUCUGCUGGGUAAAAGAGAAACCUGAGUGGGAAAUCUGUACUCAUUUGGUCAGAGACUAACGGAAAGCAGUUAUGAAUGGGGCCUUGAGCUCUUGAGCAUAACACUGAAAAUAUUCUUAAUACAGCAGGAAACGUGAGUGCAUUCAGUAAAAGCAAGAGAAUGUGAGACAUGCAGUGAAGGAAUGAAAAAGCAGCAUAAGAAGCACCAGGCAGGGUUCCUCAGGUGUUAGCAGAUGAACCAUAUCCCAAUGAGAUUAUUGCAAGCUCUGGCUAGGACAGAGGUGAGAACUGAGUGACCGGGUAAUUGUCAGAGCAAAUCACACAGCAUGCCUUCAGCACAGCAAGCAAAAGCAAGGGGGUCUGUGGUUUUCUUAUUUCCCUCAACCUGAUGCACCAAAAUGGUAGUUACAAUUAUAUCAAAAUUAUCAUAAUUUACAUGUAUCUAACACAUCCAGCAGGCUGGCUCAGGCACAGUAAAUGGAACAUCUUUAUAGUUUCCUCAGUACACAAACUCACCCUCACCUUCCUCUUUUUUUCUUUUUUAAUCUUUCUUUAAAAUCUGGAUCAUCUCAGUGCAAUAUAUCAUGUAAAAUAUAGUGUGCAGCAAUUUUAAUCUAAAAAAUAAUUAGUUUUGCAAAUAAGACAACUAAAGGAAUAAUAGCAUUAACCCAAGUUUAUUGUCAGAGAAACUGAGACGUAUGUAGGUAUUCAUAAGACUGCUGGAUAAAUGUGUUAAAGGCAAGAGCUGAGCUCAGCUUGGCCCAGUCUUGACUUCCCAGCAAGGAAGCUUAAUUUUAUAUUUGUAUCAAAUCAUUGCUGUUUCAUUGGCAUUUCUAAGCAUUUCACCCAAAGCCUUUCCCUCCACCAAGGGCAAAGGCACAAGGGCAGAAAUGAGCAGCCUGGGACUGGAGAAUCUCAGAGCCCCUCAUCCCACACAGUCCUGCCAGGAUGUGUGUCUUCUCCAGCCCAACCCUCCAGGCAAAGCUUUCACCAUCCUGACUUAAUUCCUUCCACCUUUAAGUCUCUCCCUGAACAUCAUCCAUUUUCCUUUCCCAGAGACCCAUUUUGGGUGGUGGUGUGGUUUAACCACAGCUGGCACCUCUGCCCUACACAGCUACUCACUCACUCCCCCUCAGCUGGAUGGAGAAGAGAAUUGGGAGGCUAAAAGUGAGAAAACUCAUGGGCUGAGAUAAAGACAAUUUAAUAGGUAAAGCUAAAGCCAUGUAGACAAGUAAAGCAAACAAGGAAUUCAUUAACCACAUCCCAUGGGCAGGCAGGUGUUCAGCCAUCUCCAGGAGAACAGGGCCCCAUCACACCCAACAGUGACUUGGGAAAACAAACACCAUCACUCUGAACAUCCCACUCUUCCUUCUUCCCCAGCUUUUACUGCUGAGGAUGACCUAUGGUUUGCGAUAUUAGAGAAUCAUAGAGUAGUUGGAGUUGGAAGGGACCUUGCCACAUUCAACUCAAUGAAGCACAGAUCUAAAAUACACCCUCAAACUAGCUACUGUAAAGAAAAUUACCACAACCAAAAUCAGCACAGGGGACCCCAGGGGGAGGUGCCAGGUGCUCCCCCCAACCUGGGUAGCAUUUCUGGCCAUUGCUGCAGCUGCUGUUUUAUUCCCACACAGAAAGAUUCCCCCAUCCUUUUCUGUUACCGUAGGAAGUCACAGCAUGUCAAGGGGUUCUUUAUAAACACAUCAGAACAUGCAAUUAAACCCCUCAUUGUUUAAGGAGCAUAGUUAUCUCCUCAGACCAAGAAGCAUGGAACCACUCAGCCUCUUUGGCCUCCCUGAACCACUCACACCAAAUCCUUAAUACCGAAAGGCAUUUUGCCACACAGUGGCAUGUAACAUGUAUCUGUACCUAGAUGUUCAAAUUUUACAUACUUUGCUUUUUAAGUCCGCCCAUAACCCCAGUGGUCUCUGUCAUCUCAGCACUGGGGCAGGAAUUUACAUCAGCACUAAUUCUGAUUGAUUGGUAUAGUUAUUAUUGUUUGUGACACAUUUGGAGAUGGCCACUGCACAUGCUAAGAGCAAGGGGACACAACUGGAGCAGCUGCCACAGAAACAGGAUGCCAGAGGUUUUGGCACUGUCAGCCCCAUUUUACAGAGGGUGAGUAGAAAUACCACAGGUUAAGAAGCGCAGCUCCAAACUUCUUCUCCAGCCCAGACUCAGCUACCACCAUACUUUAACUGCAAAUGAGCAAACAGCAAGCGAAGAGCUCUUGUGUUGGGGUGAGGGUCCAGAGGUUUGUCCCAGCAUGGCCUAGGUGAAGAGUCCAGAGCCAGGAGUGCAAGCCAAAACCUAUCCCUGCAUCUGAUGGCUGGCAUGCUCUAAGGUUCCCUUAUUAGGGAUUUAAACAAAAGGAAUUUUAAUCUUUUUUUUUUUUUUUUUUUCCUUUUAAUGCCAGCCUUUGAACAGGGAGGGGGAAUGGAAAUUUUAGCACAAAGCACAAACACUGAAGGUCAUGGAAAGGCAAGGAAGACAUUGUCUCCAUUAAUAUUAAAAAGAAGACCAACCCUGCUGUAUCAGAGCAAAAAAAUGAAUACUUCUUUUGAUUGGGAAGAAAGUUUCUCCAUGCCUGGUUGCAGUGCAGCAUUGCACAUCGGAGACUGCUGCGGCUGAGAGCAAGGAGAAUUAAUUACUUUGCUUUUUGAAGCAUGGACUGCUUCGCUCUGCUGUGCCAGCUUCAAGAACGAUAAGCACUUCUCCAAAGAGCACAGUUUUGUCCUCCAGUGUGGGAGUUUUGCCCAUCUAAAUCACAGGAGGCUGCUGAAUCCUUGUUUUGUUUUCUUCACACUUGGCCUGCACUUGAACCUGGACAUCACUGCUCUCUUUUCGGACUCACAGAGAACAAUUUUGUGCCAUCUGAGGAGGGGACACUGGACCAAGCACUGUGCUGGCCACAAAGUGCCGUGGUGUCAUUGUGUUCAGCACUGUCCUAGGGUGGGGUUGCUGCCACCAUGGAAUAUCACAGCCCCACAGCCCAGACAAGGCUUUGCCAAACAUGAAUUUAUCUCCAAAUCACCUCCUCUGGGAGGAUUUUGCUUUCGUAGAAUCAUAGAAUAUGCUGAGUUGGAAGGGACCCAUCAGGAUCAUUGAGUGCAAUUCCUGGCCCUGCAUGGGACACCCAAGAAUCACCCUGGAGCUGAGUUUCAAGGGAAUUUCAGCAUCUAAACAAAAGUGAAGUACUCCUCUCUCUGAGGGAGCAGGUGGUGGCACUGAACAAUGUCUUCAGCACUUUAUCCUCAACUAGGCAGCAGCAGAAUAGGUUUCUUGAUAAUGUAUUUGGCCUUUUGGCCUAUUUUGUUGAGUCUCUUAUACUUCCACUCCUACUUAUCCAUUUAGAAGGUGAUUUAUUUUUUUUUUUUUACAAGUGACUCAGGAACUAAAGUCAUACAGGUUGAUUAAGCUUUCCUCCUUUACUUACAAAUAACUUCCAAGUGGCCUUUAGCAGGAGAGGUGUUUUUGCUCAGUAAAAGCCCAACCCACUAAUUCAGGAUAUUUGCAGGUGCUGCUGCACUGACCUUCAUCAGGCAAAAUUACAUGGUGUUUAAAUUUUCACCAUAGUGUUGACACCCCUUCUGAAAAAGAGCAGUUCCUACCUCUCCCAAAGCACAGCUUGUGGCCAUGUGCAGCUUCAGCUCCUCCUCAUCCCAGCUUUUUUUGGCAAAAGCUGUUGAUUUACCUAAGCAGUUGCAAAAGAACCAAAGAACACAGGCAUGGGGCAGUUUUUAAAUGAGCAGCUCCUGCUGGCCUGUGUUGAACAGACUCUUCCAGCAAUACUCAGUGAACCUCAUCCCAGUUCUCUGUAGAGUCAAAACUGGUAUCUCCUCAGCAUUCUGCAUGCUGAAGUUCUUAACUCAUCUUCACAGCCACAAAAUUAAUAUUUUUUUUUUAAAAAAUCCAAUAUUCCAAACAUAAGACUACAUAUAAAAGCUACUUGGAGCUUGUUGGGUUUUAUCAUCCAUUUCUUGAUGCCAGCUAGAACUGCCUUAUUUCCAUGACUCGCAUAACUUAUAUUAAUUUGAUACUACUGAAACAUGGUCACCAGCACCUAAGCAAGUCAAGGAUCAAACUAACAGACAAGAAAAAUCAGCACUUCUUUUCAAUCAUUUCUCCAUUUCUUAACUGACACUCAUGCUUGUUCAACACUAGAUCAGUCCUUCAAAUAUGACCCAAGCCUAAGAGCUUCUUAGCUUAGCUUCUUCUUAGCAUCACCACUGAGAUUGCAAGACAGAUGUACAGGGGUGGGGAAAAAAAAUAGUUAUGUCCAAAUGGUCUCUGUUAUAACUGCUAUUCAAAAAGAGGGACUGAAGAUCUAAGGUACCAAUAUAAUUUUUCUUUCAAGUCCCUUCCCACCCUUAUUCCCAGCUCUUUAGCAGGGCUGCAGUGCCUGUCAGUGGCUGUUUUUCUGGCAAACACAUAGCAAAGCUGAAGCCUGACACACAGUGGCAUACUCAGAAAAAAAUGCAAGUCUACAAAAUUGCCUUCAUUUAUUGGCUUUACAUUGCUCCCUGCCCAGAAGCACCUAAGAGCAAGCUUAUCUUUUGCCAUAUACUUAACUAAACUUGCAAUUUCAAGAUACUACUCUGAAAAGGAAAAGGAUUAAAUUUUCAUAGGUCAGAGUGAGUGAUUUGGCUCAUAGAUUAAUUUAUACCUCAGGUCAAAAAAAAGCAAAGCGGCGAUACAGCAAGGCACAUAUUCAGCAUGAAUGAUCUUGGCAGUGGCAACAGUGCUGAGUUAAGGAACACCAGAUGUGAGGGAGAUGUGCUGUCCUGCCCUGGCUAUGGGGACACACAGCCCUACCCCACUGUCCCACACCCUGCUGCCCAACUGGCACUUCCAGGGCAGGGUGUUCCGCCCAAGUUCACCAAAGAGAGCGAGCAGGAAUGAGCCCUUCUCCAUGCAUUAAAAACCAGAUCAACCCAUAGAGUGUAACUGAAUUCCCUCUGGUGCUUUUCAGCCAUGAGGGCAUUAGGACUACACUACUCUUUGACAGCCUUCCCUAAGGUGAGAGUGUGGCUUUCAUGGUCACAGAGGAACAAUUGCUUUCCUGUUUCCUACUCUUUUCCCUGGAUUCCUCCUGCUUUCACCAAUAUGCCCAUGCACCCUCUUCAGCAGGGCUUUUCCUCUAAACAAUGCAGCCAGGAGUCAUGAUUAAUCACAGUUUUCCAUUUCCCUGCUCAUUGUCCCGUGCCACUUGUUGGGAACCUUAUCUUUAUUAGGUGGUCUUAACCUGACUCAAUUACACAUUAACAGAAACUCUCCUUACUCAGCGGGAUUUCCUUGUGGCUUCAGAAGGCAGCUCUGUGGAAUGAGCCACCCCACUAGAGCCAGCCUUGGAAGGCAUUGAUCUCAUUCAGGAUGCACAAGAGGAUGCAGAAAGGUCUAGGAGAACAUUGAGGAACCAGCAGGAGCAGAUUUAGAGGACAAAGACUUUCUAUAGGGGAGUAGACACAUUAGCUUAGUUGCUUGUAUUAAAUAAUACAGUAAAUAUUGGGGCCCAGUGAGCUGUACUCUAAUAGCAGCGACAGAGCUGUCUGAGAUCCUUCAGCAUAGAAACUGCAUCCAGCUAAAACAUCCCCCUGCCCACCUAGCUACUUAACCAGGUAAUACUGCUCUAGGGCCUGUUGUUAUCGAUCUGCUUUCAAGAAAUUAGACUGAUACAGUUCCUAGAGAUUUACCAGACCUUCAAGGUGCAGUAUCACCACACCUACACCUCCAAUAAAGGAUCUUCUUCUUUAAUUCUACUAUCACCUUGCCCAGGAAGGUUAAUUGACAAACUUAUAGCAACAGCUCUUAUUAUUUCUUCUUUUCUUAAAAGAUACAUUACACAGAGGAAUUUGCUAUUUGAAAAUGACAGAAUAAUGGGUGCAAGGUGGGGGGAAAUGCUCUGUUAGAGAUGAGAAAAGUAAUUUCUUAAUGGGUGGAUCUGUGAACCGCAUGAAUCUCUCUUGUGAAGACAAUGGUUCAUCCAAAGACUUACAGCCUGCUGAGACCUCCCAGUGUCAGACAGUCCAGGUGAGAAGCAAGCAGUGUAAUCACCAUUUGGGCAAUCACAGCUUCCCUUCUGUUUGGGAAGAGUGACAUGUCUGCAGUAACACUGCAAUGACUGCACACACCCCUUUGCUCCCAAAACAGUCUGCACAUAUUCAUGGGGUGGCUCUGAAGUAGAGAAACAAAGAGACGGUUUGGAGAAACCAUUAGAUGUUCAGUUACAACAGCUAGAAAAAGAUUGGGUAAGACAGAAAGCACAAAAACUCUUCUUCUGAAGUAGCAACUCCAAAAGCUCACGUGGCAUUUAAGGACAAGAAUUCUUGAGUUAAACUACUUACAUUAGUCAGAUCAUCUGAGAGAACAAGUAGCUGAUACCUGGCAAACAGAGAUGGAUGCAAACAAGGGAAGAGGUAUUAAAUUGGUUAUCACCUAAAGGGUUAAAAAAAGAGAAAAGAUUGGUAAUUUACUGCCUGCAUGACAGCCAGCAGAAGAUGCAAGAAAGAUUGUAAGUUGCUAUAAAACCAGUAUUGCUACUGGCCACAUGAUUUUAAGCAGCAAGGGUCAACUUCUGAAAAUGGUUUGGAGUUCUUUAUUAUAUGAUGGCUGUCACAGCAGGCAGUGGGUGAAGAGUCUCUGUUACAGCCUGUCCAGGCUCUCUAAAUUAAUGAGGAUUUACAUUCUGCAGGUGCAUCUGAUGCCCCUGCAAGUCUUGUCUGCCUCUGCAAAAUGAAGGCAGAGGGUGUGGGUCCAAUGCAGCAGUGCUGAGAAUAUCCCUCCUCUUCCUCCUGUGCUAUUGUGAAACAUUAAAUUUGGCCCAAAUGCUUUGAGUGCAGUUUCAGAUGAAAAAGAAGGAAGGUAGAUGUAAAUGAAAUAACACUGCUCUAACUUAAAUAUACAGGAAAACUAAAAGUCAGGUUUUAACUACCCCAAUGAGAGCAACAGACAUACUAGGAAGCUUUCACCAUGAAUGCAGAAACUGUCCAGAAGCUACAGGUUCUUAAACCCUUUCAGGCACUACCUGCUCAGGGAGAAAAGGAGAUAGAAACCCACUGACCCAAUGGUUCAGGUGAGGCCUUUUUUCAAUAUGAGAGUCACAUCUCAGACAGGAGUCUUUUUUUUUUUUUAAUUUUAUUGCAGUGAAAAGCCACCACCACCAUAACAGUUCUGCAAAUAAAGGCUGUAGAAAUGUUUUGCCCCAAUCAAAAAAGUAGGCUCUGAUUUCAGCUUUUAAGGGUUGACUUAAACUUUAAAAGCAAAACAGAAAACCCAUUAUACUUCCUAAGACAAUUGAAAUGCCAUUUUAGAAACAAAAACCUGAAGCAUUUCAUCCUUAUCACUAUCACCCAAAUAAAAUACUCUCAUGUUGCAACCCCACCUCCUCCCCACACACAAUUUCUUUGCAAUCCUGUCCAGUGAAACCUGUUCAUGUUGCAGGCACACACAGGUCUGAUCUCCAGCUAAGAACCUCCCUUCUGCACACUCCAUGGCUUUGCCCCUUUAUUUUCAAAUUAGGAGCCUUCCCCUCUACAGCCUUCAGGAACAGCAGUUUUCAUCUCGAGGCUUUCCUGAAGUACCCUGGGAAAGGCUGCACCAAGAGGUGCCAGGACGUUCUCAAAAUUAUAAAGCCACUUCCUCAUCCUUGUCUGUCCUAUUCCCUCCUGGGCUGUACAACUCCACCAGUUCAACCCAGCCAACUAAGGAAAGUCAAAUAAAUCAAACUUACUCACAGGUCAUGCCUCCCACUCUUCCUCUUAGCUCCUGUGGACUUUCCUGGCACAUUGAGGUGUGCUGGUCUCCCUGGGGAGCCCCUGCCCCUGGCUAUGCUCAUCUUGUACUACCAACGCCAAAGCAGAUGUUGAUACAGCUGGAGGAAUGUCUGUCCCUGUGAAUGAGCAAGGGCUGCACCUCAGUUUGAAUAUUCCUAAAACAGAGCUGUAGAGUACAAAAAAUUCCAAAUAUUGCUGUGCUGGAUGAUCCAGUGCACUUCUAAUUAUAGCAGAAGUUUGGACUCUUAUAACGCAUUUACACUCCUGCUUGUAGAUCCUGACCAAAUUCUUCUAAGAACAUCAAUCCCUAAAGAUGUAAUCUGGUUUCUGAAUUUACACAACACAAGGACUGAAAGAACAAUAAAAGCUCUUUAUGCCAACAGUUGCAUAAAGCUUUGGGGUCUUCAAGCUUCUUAAAGCUGCCCCAGAAUCUUUGCUUUCCUUUUUCAACGUUAAUUGGAUUUUGAUCUUAUAUACCUUAGGGAAGAAAAGCAAGACAGAACAGAAAACAUGACAAGAUUAACUUUCCUAGACGUUUAUAAUUCAAAACCCCAAACGCUCUAGCAGCCAAGCUUUGAAUCAGAUUUUCAAAAAAUCAUUCUGUAUGUAAAAGCUCCAGAGUGAAAAUACCAAACAAUUAAAAUUAGUUGAAGUUAACUCCUUAGCUUAAGCCCCUAAAACAAAUAAGGCCAAUGCCUAAGGUACACACAUGCCAUUUUCUUUUUGCAGUUGCUUAAAUUUGUAACAGCAGUAAGCACAGGCAGUUCAGAGUCAAUGGACAACUGCUCAGAAACACAGGUAAAGGGGUGUAACAGGCACAUGGUCACGGCUUCCAGCCAAAGGUGCAUCCCUGAGACCAGCUGGAGGUACAAAUAGUAAGCAGUGCCUCCCUUUGCCCCUCCACCUUCUCUAGGUUAAGGAUUCAAUAGAUGAGGACAGAGAUAAGGUGUUGUUUUUCUUUGCAGUCUGAAUGGAGACUGCCACUUUCUGAGCCCAUAUUGCAGAUAAAAAAGCACUUUGAAAAACAUACUUUGAUCAGUGAAUACAAUCCCUGAUUAAUAUUCUUCUUUCCCAUUCACAAGUCCAGAUAAAACCACAACUUCCUAGCAACUUUAGAUCCCUAAUUUUUUUUUUUUUUACCUGAAAAGUAUUACCUUAGUUUUCUGUACCUCAUUCAUACACCAAUACCACACUACUUUCCCAAAAACAAAAAGAAGCCACAAUGUAAUCCCAACUGCAUUUCUCCAUCACAGUACCUGUUCCCCACAGCCUGGGGCUAUGAGCACACCUGCACAAGAACCAGGAACUGAAGCUGUUUCGACUGCACUGAUCCAAGAUCCUCUGUUCUACAGGAACCACACUGUGCAGGAGGGACACUCUACAGACUGCAGGAGGAGGCAGCAGCCCCUGCAGCCUAACCCUUCCUGUGCCCUCUGUGAACCCCAUGGCCUGAGGGAGGUUCACAGCAACCAACACUGAGCAGUGACAGGCCAGUCAGUCUUAAUGAAGACAAGUGCUAAAAAAGCCUUUCCAGUUGGAGUAGGUGAGGGAGCUUUGAUUUCAAAAGAGGCUGAGGGGUCUGUUAGGGUUAACUACUAACCAGCCUGGGUUCAUUAGGGAGGGCUGAUACACUAACUUGAAACCGAAGGGAAACAAACUG